AGGGGGCGUCACAAGCUGCCCCAGAAUCUUUGCACCCGCAAUCUUCGUCCUCCCGCUCACAUAACCAUCAGGAAACGCAUCCAUCACUAGUACCACAAACGGACGUUGUUCUCCCAUUAACUGGUGAGAGACGAUCGAGUAUCAUCCCCCCAGAGCUCGUACGUCCGCACUCUACGUCAACUGCGGACAGAAAUCUUUUGGAACAAGCCAGAGCCAGGACUCCAUCUCCUCAGCGCAAUUGGGACAGUCCUUACGGAGAAGAUGCCAAUCGUCCCAUUUCUCUAGUCAUGCCACCUCCCACUGCUCCGGUCAGGAAUCGUAGCGUGCGAGAAGCUCAUCCUUACCCUACCGUGACUAGGGCUCCAUCACGAAGACCAACGUUGGUGUUGGAUGAGAGCGUGAGGACAUCGCGUUCACGGCGCACUUUGGAAGAUCGGUUAGAGCCCACUCUGAGAGUCGCUGAAGCAGAGAAAGAGAAGUUCGCUCAGAAAGCCCUGUGGACCGGAUAUGCUCUUAAUGUGGCUAUUGGUCUGCAGGUUCUUCUCGGAGCGCUAACCACUGCAAUCGCAUCAGCAACUAUAGGCAAACAGACUUCCAUCGCUACUGCAAUACUUGGAGGGUUGUCAACUCUCGUCGCUUCCUAUCUCGCGCGAGCCCGUGGCUCCAACGAGCCAGAAGCUUCCAUCACACGCGUCAAAGAUCUAGAACAGUUCAUUCGUGAUUGCCAAGCGUUUGUCAUGGACCAUGGAACUGAGUAUGGUGAGGAUAAACCUGAACUCAACAAACGUGUGGAGGAAUUUCGGAGAAGGUUUGAGGAACUUUUGGGAAAUUUCAAUACGGAAAGACAUCCAUCGUCAGCGUUCCAGAAUGCAUAACUUAUGUAUAUCGCUUUUUGAUAUCUGAUUUUGUACUUUUAAAUUCGAGAUAAUGUUGAUGAUCUCGCACGACAGUCUGGUCCAUCCUCUCGAAGAACUCCAACAGAAGAUAAAAUCGUACCUCCUAAAGAAUCUUGUGCAUUGAAGUACAACAAUCUGGUCAGUGCUAUAAUGAUCAUGUUUAAGUUACACGACUGGACCACAACAAUAUUAGGGGGACAGACGUCGUGCAGGAGAAGUUAGGCUCACUUGUACUGCGUACUUGUGCGACAAGUUGAAGG